CAAUAAAUUAAAAACCGCCAAAACUGACGGACCCCUCUUCCUCACAUCUCCCUCGUGCCACAUCAACUCGACUUCCCAUGUUUCUAUAAAAUCCCAAACAUCUCCAUGUCUUCUUUCUCCACAUCUCUCAUGGCUUUCAUAGUCUCAAACAAGCCUAUGUUUACAUUGAUGUCCGUAGCUGAUGCAGCUACAUGGUACUGUGCCCUUGUACUUCUUGCUCUAAUAUUGCUUGCUUCUUUAAGAGAGGCAUCUCCCACAUACGAUGAUGAUCGUCACCAUGAUGUUGUCGUUGAAGGCAAUCAAAUACUUUACCGGCCGUGCGAUGAAAUUUAUGUUGUGAAAGAAGGAGAAACCCUUCACACCAUCAGUGAUAAGUGCGAUGACCCUUUUAUAGUGGAGGAGAAUCCUCAUAUUCAUGAUCCUGAUGAUGUUUUUCCUGGUCUUGUUAUCAAGAUUACUCCUUCAAGGUCUAGGAAAUUAUUGCGGUAGCUAGUUUUUGUUGAUCGUCUUUAUAGUAUAUUAGUCUUCUUGGCCUCUUUGUUACUCUUUUCUCUAUCUUUUUUCUUGAAAUACAAACUAGUGGUAUGUAAAAAAUAGCCAUCAUAUAUUGAAGAAGUCUGCUUUUGAUUA